AUGGCGGCGAGUUUGGCGUCAAAGUUUGAGGUUUUGGAGGAAUUGGGGAGUGAGUUGUGCACCCGUCCUGCGCUCGCUGAAUGCAAGGUUACAUGGCUGACGUGCGCUUUAGGUGGGAGCUUUGGCGUUGUUUACAAGGCGAUUGAGAAGGAGUCCGGGACCGUGGUUGCUAUCAAACAUGUUUGUUUCACCCUUUCCCUCCGAGGAACGGAGAGGGGGGCGGCGAGGACUAAUUGGGGGUUUUCCGCCGCUUUUUCGCGCAGAUUGAUCUAGAGUCUAGCGAGGACGACAUUCAAGAGAUCCAGCAGGAGAUCUCUGUGCUGAGCACUUGCGCUAGUCCGUUCGUCACCCAGUAUUACGGGAGUUUUGUCAGAGGGUACAAGUUGUGGAUAGGUACGCCAUUUGCGCUUUCGACGCGGCAUGGCGGGGAUCGUUGAUACUGAUGUCGCGCAGUGAUGGAAUACCUUGCCGGCGGCUCCUGCCUCGACCUGCUAAAACCCGGCCCCUUCAGCGAAACCCACAUCGCCAUCCUGAUGCGAGAACUCCUCCUGGGACUGGACUACCUCCACCGAGAAAAUAAGAUACACCGCGACAUCAAAGCUGCCAAUGUCCUUCUCUCCGGCACCGGCCAGGUCAAGCUCGCCGACUUUGGCGUGGCGGCGCAGCUCAGCAACCUCAAAUCCCAGCGCAACACAUUCGUCGGGACCCCCUUCUGGAUGGCGCCGGAGGUGAUCUCCCAGACCACGGGUUACGAUUUCAAAGCGGAUAUAUGGUCACUCGGCAUCACUGCCAUGGAGCUCGCGCAGGGGGAGCCACCAAACGCAGCCAUCCACCCGAUGAAGGUGCUAUUUCUGAUCCCAAAGGAGCCGGCGCCGAGGCUGGCGGGGAAUAGGUGGUCCAAGGAUUUCAAAGACUUUGUGGGAAAGUGCUUGAAUAAGGAUCCGAUAAAGAGGGCUAGCGCGAAGGAGCUGCUGAGGCACAAGUUUAUCAGAAAUGCUGGGAGGACACAGCUGCUGCAGGACCUGAUCCAGCGGAAACAGAAGUGGGUAGGAAGCCAGGGCGGCAGACAGGCGCAUCCAAAGUUGUACCAGGCUACAAUGUUUGUCCCAGCAUUCCUUGCCAAGCUCGCGCAUAUACUGACAGUUGUGCGGUAG